AUUCGUUAUCAACAAAUUCCAGGUGAGCACAUUGUAUUUUGGUUUGUGGUUCGUAAAAUUUGAAACUGACGUUGUUCGCAGUUCACGUUUCUUAUUCAAAUUUUUGCGAUAUAUAAGGCGAAACUGGAUUCCGUUUGCAUGUUUAUCUGAAUCUACAUAUCAUUUGAAUCGAUUCGUUUUUUCUUAAAUAAUUCAAUAAACACGAGGUGCACAAUUUUAAAACCAUUGCAAUGAAAUCUCAAAAAUGGAAAGCAAUCCCAAUGGAUAUGAGCAGUUUCACAGCUGAAGAUUUGGAAGCUUUUGGUGGUAUAGAGGAGCUUUCUGAUUAUGAAAUCAUAAGAUCUGAUGGCUCAAGUAAUAAACAAAAGAAAAGGAAGAAAACAAAAACUAAUAAGGAAAAGAAUAAGAAGUUGAAAAUAGAAUCAAAUGAUGAUACAUUAGUUGAAGAAGAUGACGACUGUGAUGAUGAUGAAUUGGAUAUGUCUGCCUGGGGUGGCUGUCUUCAUGAUUCAAUUAUACGAGCUCUAAAAGAACUUGGUUUUCAAAAACCUACAAAAAUUCAAGAAUUGACAAUCCCUUCUGCUAUUAGGGGUAAUCAAGAUAUUUUGGGAGCUGCUGAAACUGGAAGUGGAAAAACUUUGGCAUUUGGCAUUCCAAUUGUAAAUAAUAUAAUUUCCAUCAAGGAAAGUAGGAGACAAAAGGCUGAAGCAGAAAAUAUUGAAUAUACUAAACCUUUGUACAGUAUAAUUCUGACACCAACUAGAGAGCUUGCUAUUCAAAUAAAGAAGCAUUUGCAAGCUGUAUGUAAAUAUACUGAUAUUAAGAUAGGAGUUCUAGUUGGAGGAUUAGCACCAGAAAAACAAAAAAGAAUCUUGAAGAAAUGUCCUGAAAUUAUUGUUGCAACUCCCGGUAGAUUGUGGGAAAUGAUAGAAGAAGGGGUAUCUCAUGUAAGUCAAAUCUCUAAUGUGAGAUUCUUAGUUAUAGAUGAAACUGACAGAAUGGUUGAAAAAGGACAUUUUGCUGAAUUAACACAAAUUUUAUCUCUUAUUAAUGGUAACGAGAGCAACAAAAAGAGACAGACAUUUGUUUUUUCGGCUACUCUUACUCUCAUUCAUGAUGUACCAAAUAGAAUAGCUCUGAAAAAGCGAAAAAAGAAAACUACUCAAGCUAAACAAAAAAUUGAAUCUUUAGUCAAAUUGAUUGGAAUGAAAAAUCCAAAAGUUAUUGAUAUAACUAAGAAAACUGCAGUUGUUGAGACAUUAACAGAAACUCAAAUAAUGUGCAGCAUUGAAGAUAAGGAUUCAUAUCUUUAUUAUUUUAUUCUAAUGCACCCUGGACGAACUUUGGUGUUUUGUAACAGUAUUGACUGUGUGCGUCGAUUAAGAAACGUUCUUGAACUUUUAGAAUGCCACCCAUUACCACUUCAUGCUUCUAUGCAUCAGCGUCAAAGGCUGAAAAAUUUAGAAACAUUUGAAAAGAGUGAAAAUGGAAUUUUACUUGCAACCGAUGUUGCUGCUAGAGGCUUAGACAUCAGAGGAAUUGAACAUGUAAUUCACUUCCAAGUGCCUCGUACUACUGAAACUUAUGUUCACAGAAGUGGAAGAACAGCAAGAGCAGAAAAGGAGGGCUUAAGUUUAUUGCUUAUAGAACCACAAGAGGGAUUACUGUACAAAAGAAUUUGUAAAACAUUAAGCAAAGAACAAGCAAUUCCCAAUUUUCCUGUAGAUCACAAAAUACUGAAACUGGUUAAAGAACGAGUGACACUUGCUCGACAAAUCGAUAAGUUGGAACACAGAAUGAAUCGCUUGAACGCCCAAAAUCGUUGGUUUAAAAAUGCUGCCAAUGACAUGGAAAUUGAUGUUGAAGAAGAUUUACUAAAUGAUAUUGGUGAUGAGCGUGAACAGGCUGCUAAAGCAAAGGAAGUCAAAGCACUUAGGAAACAACUGAAAGCUAUGCUGUCAAAACCUAUCAUAUCAAAAAUAUUAACGGGUUGUUUUCCUACAAAAUCUGGAAAAUUAUUAAGCCCAAGCAUCUAUUGUCCUCAAAAAGCUGUAGAAGCUGUAAAAUCGAAAGAAAGCUGUAGAAAGAAAAAUCGAAAGAAAAAACAAAUAUAAAAUAUUGUUUUAUUUAUGUAUAUGUUUUCUUAAAUAAAAAAAAAUAUAUAUUUAAUAAAA